AUGGAGAAUCCGCGGGUCCCUGAAACAAUUCCAUCACCUUCAGUGGACCCUCAUCCAAUUCCUUCGACAGUCUCUCAGAUUGAUCUGCUGAAGAUCAUGUCUCAACAACAAGAAGCCGCCGAACGUCAACAACAGCAACUUCUUCAGCUGCUUCUUGAUCAACAAGAACAGCGAAAAAGAGAACAGGAACAACGAGAAAGGGAAAUUGCCUCUCAGUUAAAGCAGCGGAGGCUUGAUAGAGAAGCUCAAGAACGAUCUGAGACCAGUCUUCAUGAACUGUUCCGGACGACUGUGGCAGCUCUUCAGGCUGUUCAUCAGAUGAAUGGCUCAGAAGAACCGGCUGUCACCCCUCGAGGUUCCAGAGUCGUUACUCUGCUUCCCUCUCCUGUUCCCUCUCCUGUUCCCGUUCCCGCUGUUCAGGAGGUCCAACAUCCAGGACGGUUCCAGGAUGUACGAGACUCUAGGUCUGUGCCUUUCAUUAGGGGAAUAGAUGACUCCCCAAUUGGUAGAACAACAGUUAAUAAUGAGGUUGGCUUUUCCGAGCCUCUGCCUCAGGUUCAACCUCGUUAUUCCCGUUUGAGUCAAUUAAAUAAUACAAGAUUUCCUGGGGUUGCUUCUCAAAUUAACGAGAAACCCUUUUAUCCUUUAAAACCGCCAAUUUUUGAUGAAAAGAUUCCACGGGCAGAUUAUGAACACUAG